AUGGCGAGCCCAGCCGCUCAGAACCCGCGCCGCCGCGCCGCCCCCAAGCCCACUGCGAGCAACCCCAAUCUGACACCCUCUCUUGUCGAUUCCUUCCAGAGCAUGUCGCUUCGGAAAGGAGACACCUUUCACCCACAAUCCAACACCAGUCAGAGCAGCUUCUGGGAUCCUCUAGAGUCAAGAGUCGGAUUACCAUCUAUGCCCUCUCGCUCUGCUACCUCCCCCCAAUCGCUGGAAGACCUUCUCAUCGGCGCCGGCGAGCGUCGCAUUGCUCAGCUCCUCAACAACGUCGAUCAGGCCAUCUCCACAAACUCCAAGGUCGCUUUAGGCAAUGUCUUGAGCGAGCCAGAAGUACUUCCUGUCCCCGAGUUCAUGGUCGACAACGCAACACCACGAGGGCCCUUGAGAGCGCCACCCCGCGGCCGCAACAACCACCACUCCCACACUUCAGACAGCGGAAUCGGCUCUUCAGUCGCAGACUCCUCGGAAGCGGCAUCUUCUGCCAAGAGUUCCACCCGGACCGGUGAGCAACUCCCUGCAGCGCCCCGCUCCUAUGCCCACGCUAACGCAGUACAAGUCACGCCAGGAGCACAGUCAUUCUCUAGCAUCUCUGAUGCAUCCGACGACGAGCGAGGUCUGAGCAAGUACGCUGCAGAGCAGAUCUACAAGCACAUUGUCAAGCCCAUAUUGCGUGAAGAGUCACUCAAGGAAUUUCACGAACUCAUCAAGACCGUUCCCGAACGUAUUGGAGACAAGGAGAUCAAGAAUCUACGAGAUCUAGAGAAGACACUCAUCUUUUUGGCACCGGAUUAUUCGCGUUCUCCCYCGAAGUACCUUCGUUUUUGCGAGCGAACGAUCCGCGUCCUCCACACGACUGUCACGACACUCCACGAGUCCGACCAGCGAGCGCCGACCGAUCGACCGUACACGCAGGGCUACUUUUUCGAAUUGGUUGAGCAGAUCCGCAGAUACGCCACGAUUCUGGCGAUUACAAGAGAGAAACAAGCACAGGGCGAGGAUUCCAACGCAAUGGAUGUCACAAAGAACGAGCAGCUCUCCCUCCAUGGAGGAAUGUCUCGCACCGGAAAACCAGCUGAGCUGGUCCGCCACACUGCCGACGGGAAGAUGAUCUCACUCGCCACCGGUCAGAUUGUCCCCGCAGAGGAAGUCGCCGCUUCUUCAUCUUCGAUGAAGAGACCAGCAGAGGCCGAGGUCGACGAUGACGAGGCUCUGCGGUCCAUGGCUCGUCGCAAGAAGAAUGCCAAGCCGGAGAUUCACACCUGCGAACUUUGCAGCAAGGAGUUCAAGCGUCCCUGCGACUUGACAAAGCACGUCAAGACCCACGAGCGGCCGUGGAAGUGCUCGAGCGAAGACUGCAAGUACCACGAAUAUGGUUGGCCAACCGAGAAGGAGAGAGACCGUCACGUCAACGACAAGCAUUCCUCGACACCRUCGUUGUAUCAUUGCCUCUUCAACCCGUGCCCGUACACCUCGAAGAGAGAGUCAAACUGCAAGCAGCACAUGGAGAAGGCACAUGGAUGGCAGUACGUCCGCUCCAAGAGCAACGGCAAGGGUCGUGCUUCCAUUUCGACGACACGUCUUCCACAAGGUUCUGUGCCGCCAUCACCGGCAUCGGCGGUGCUCACGCCAAUUGCGCCGUCUCCAUCGAACCAGUCGUGGACCAACUCCUCCCGGCACGGCUCUAUGGCACCACCUCCAACUACCGGACCCAGCAGCUACAACAGCCCUGCUGCUUUCGGCACCCCCGCGUUCGCUCAGCCGUCGCCUGACUUCUCUGGCCACUUCGACAUGAAUGGUCUCUCAAACUUCGAUUUCAACGCCUUUCCAUCCUUUCCCCUCACCCCCGCUAUGAGUGAGGAGCGCCGUACCUCCGAGUCAUUAUCGUCGCAUUCCGGUGUCUUCAAUGGAAGCUCCUUCGACGAUGCAUCGCCGCAGGACUUUCAAUUCGACGACUUCGACUUUCAGAUGAAUACCGCCGACUGGAAGCAACAGUACACCCCAAACUCCAACAUCUCUGGACCAAGCGCAGUAGCGACCGGCAUGCACGCCUCGCCAGGAGCUCAGAUGGAGCAAACAUUCACAAGCGAUGCCAUGGCUGUUGAUGACUUCAACUGCUACGCUGCUACCGGUGGCGACUUCACCCUCUACGGCGGCGGCUCCACCUCUCACAACACUGGCGACGACAUGUUCCCUGACCUCUCGGUCUCGGAGGCCAGCUGGGGCAACAUGCACUUUGCCUCUCACCUUGACUCCACUGCGACUCCAGCACUUCCCACUGGUAAUACGACUCUCCACGAACUCUUUCCAGACCUUGCUUAG